AUGUAGAUCUCACCGGGUACUUUUCCGAACUUUCACGAGAUUGCCGUACACGUACAUUUAGAUACCGAUCGAUAUUGGUUCCUCGAACGACAUUGUCGAUUAACGUUUUACGAAUCUGUAAUCCGUGAUUUCGAUAACGAGCGAACAGACCCAAAGUAGAAAGAAAAUAUAGACAAUGGCGGAAAAUGAAACGAGAUCUUUGCUCGGACACGAAUUGAAACAGCUCACCUUCGGAUGGACCGACUAUACGCUGUUCACCGGUCUUUUGGGGAUCAGUGUCCUCAUAGGGAUUUAUUUCGGCUGUUUCGGCAAGAAACAGGAUAAUACUACCGAGUACUUGCUCGGAGGGAAAACGAUGUCCUGUUUUCCAGUUAGCAUGAGUUUAAUUGCCAGUCAUAUAUCGGCAGUUUCUUUGCUCGCCGUACCUGUCGAAGUGUAUCAAUACGGUACACAGUAUGCCGCCUGCAUUUUUACAUCUUUCAUAUCGUGCGGCCUCAUCUCCCUUAUCUACAUGCCAGUGUUUUAUCAACUACAAUUGACCAGCACUUUUGAAUACCUGGAGAUGAGAUUUACGAGGCCGGUCCGGCUGUUCGCCUCCUUUCUCUACUCGCUUUCUUUGAUCAUUUACGUUCCUUUGAUCAUAUACGUGCCGGCGUUGGCGUUUUCACAGGCGACAGCGAUCAAUCUCCACCUGAUCACUCCGAUAAUAUGCAUCGUGUGCAUAUUUUACACGACCAUAGGAGGUUUGAAAGCUGUUGUAUGGGCGGACACUGUUCAAAUGACCGUAACGCUGGGAAGUCUCGCCGCUGUGUUCAUCUUGGGCACCAUAGCCGUGGGCGGUGUGUCUGAGACAGUGGUGUUUUGGAACAUGGAUCCAAGUCCGUUCGUGAGAAAUUCUUUUUGGGGAAUGUCUGUGGGAAUGACGAUGACGUGGUUGACCGGGCUUGGCAUCAGCCAAGUGUCCAUACAAAGAUUUCUCUCUGUGCCGAACAUUAGAGAAGCGCACAAGGCAAUAGGAUUUAUGGGGAUAUGCAUGGUGGCUAUAAAAUGGGUUUCCGUUUUCACUGGGCUUAUAAUGUACGCCAGGUAUCACAAGUGUGAUCCCAUAAGCACACACGUAAUCUCUAGGAGCGACCAAUUGCUUCCGUAUUACGUGUUGGAUGUUGCCGCGGACAUUCCAGGGCUUCCUGGACUUUUCCUCGCCGGUCUAGUCAGCGCUGGUCUCUCGACAAUGAGCGCUAAUUUGAACACAGUCGCUGGGACAAUUUACGAGGAUUUCAUUCAUCCCUGGUUGCCAGAGAGCAACAACAAAGAGCACAGAGCGGCGAAUAUCAUGAAGGCUACCGUAGUUGUCGUAGGAUUAGUUUGCGUCGCGCUAGUUUUCCUCGUGGAUCGCUUAGGUGACAUUUUUCAAGCCUCUCUGACACUUCACGGCAUCACGGCUGGCUCGAUGUUGGGUAUCUUCACCCUGGGAAUGUUGGUACCAUGGGCAACGUCGAGAGGAGCCAUAAUUGGCGGACUCCUCUCCAUGCUUUCGAUGCUGUGGAUCAUCGUCGGUGCUCAAGUGAGCGCGGCUCAAAAGAAAUUAUAUUAUCCACCCCUUCCUACCUCCACGGAAGAAUGCAUCAAAGUAGAAAGUUUGCACAACGCGACAACCACGCAUACACCGAAUCCUGAGGACAAACCUUUCGUUCUCUUCACCGUAUCGUUCAUGUACUACACUACAGUUGGUUUUCUGAUAGUGAUGGUGUUUGGAACGCUCAUCAGUUUCGUGUUUGGCGUGCCAGACUUGAAGGACGUCGACAGAAAUCUUUUUCCACCGAUCGUUCAGAGAUUUCUACCACCGAAAAAGUACACCGAAGUACCACUGCACACGAUUCCAACGACGCUGGUGACGAACCCAGAGAAAGAGAAGCUCAAUUCGUGAAGCGUACGAGGAUUCGUUUAAUUCGUUCCUCCGACCAUGUGUUCAUAGGGUAUUUAAACGAUUUGUAUAUUAGAAUUAAAGAAAGAUUUUCAACAACACGAAGAAUCGUUAAGAACAAACGGACGUUGGUGCGAUAAGCAUCGGAAAGUUCGAGAUGGCCCGUAGAAAAGCUCUACAUAACUGGUUCGAGCCGGGUUGAAAGCACCCAUUAGUCCCUCGAUGAGGGUGUCAAAUUGACUAGAUUAUACAUAUAUCUGUCCCGCGCAUCUCAAUACAAACAACUCGGCUAAACAUCUGGAGGAGAAUGAUGUCUAUCGGAUUAGGACAAAUGUAAAUGCGAAGGGUGUUUUUUUUUUCUCUCUCUCGUCGAGUCAUUCGUCGAGUCCGCUCUUGAAAAUCCGCGAAAGAUCGAUCGUAAAGUUAUGCGCGAAAAAUCUCCAAGGCACCGAUCCGUUCCCGAAAAUAAA